UUCUGGAAAAUUCGAUUGGGAAGUGGGAACCGGUGAGCCGAAAUCUAAGGAAAGGCGAUACAAAACAUGGAAAAGCACGGUCACCAGUCACGUGACCUACCCCCCGAACUUCGUUAAUAUACAGCCACGAAUCUCCUCUUCUCACAUCCUCUCGCUUCUGAUAAUCUUCACCUAAUCCAAGCCUCAACCCUAUCACGUCUCUGAAAUCUCUCUAGAUCGCCUUAACCUCUACCAUGGCAAAGAUCAAGAUCGGAAUUAACGGAUUCGGAAGGAUCGGAAGAUUGGUCGCAAGGGUGGCUCUUCAGAGUAAUGAUAUUGAGCUUGUUGCUGUCAAUGAUCCGUUCAUCACCACCGACUACAUGACAUACAUGUUCAAGUAUGAUACCGUACAUGGUCAAUGGAAGCACCAUGAAUUGACGAUCAAGGACGAAAAAUCACUUCUUUUCGGUAAACAAGAAGUUAAGGUCUUUGGCUUCAGAAACCCAGAAGAGAUCCCAUGGGCUGCAGCUGGUGCUGAUUACGUCGUGGAGUCAACUGGAGUCUUCACUGACAAGGACAAAGCUGCUGCACACUUGAAGGGUGGUGCUAAGAAGGUUGUGAUAUCUGCUCCCAGCAAAGAUGCCCCAAUGUUUGUGAUGGGAGUGAAUGAGAAAGAAUACAAGCCAGAUAUUCAAAUUGUUUCCAAUGCCAGUUGCACUACCAACUGCCUUGCACCCUUGGCUAAGGUCAUUAAUGAUAAGUUUGGCAUCGUUGAGGGCCUCAUGACUACUGUCCACUCCAUCACUGCCACCCAGAAGACUGUUGAUGGUCCAUCCAUGAAGGACUGGAGAGGUGGAAGAGCUGCUUCAUUCAACAUCAUUCCUAGCAGUACUGGAGCAGCUAAGGCUGUUGGGAAAGUACUACCAGCCCUCAAUGGAAAAUUGACUGGAAUGGCCUUCAGAGUCCCAACUGUGGAUGUUUCAGUGGUUGAUCUCACCGUGAGAACUGAGAAAGAAGCCACAUAUGAAGAAAUCAAGGAGGCUAUCAAGCAAGCAGCGGAUGGACCUUUGAAAGGCAUUUUGGGUUACACUGAAGAUGAUUUGGUGUCCAUGGACUUUGUUGGAGAUAACAGGUCAAGCAUCUUCGAUGCAAAGGCUGGCAUUUCUUUGAACAAGAAUUUCCACAAACUUGUUUCGUGGUAUGACAACGAAUGGGGUUACAGUUCCCGUGUGAUUGAUUUGAUCCGUCACAUCGAUUCUGCUUCCAACUAAGAGAAAGCUUUUGGCUCUUCAGUACCAGACCCAUAUGCUUUCAUUUUCCAAAUGUAGCAUUUCAUAAGUUUCAGGUUCUAUGGUUUUGACAGAACAUGUUUUGGAAUAAGUAAGAAUAUUGAGCCAUGUUUAUUUUUCAUUCCUGAGUAUCAUUUUGAUCCGUGCAUUUUCUUACAAUGGUUGGUUGCCCAUUGUUUUUUCGACAUUUAUUAAAGUAUAUGGUUUGAUGCAUGCCUCGUUUCCCGUCAACACUAGCUUAUAUGUAUUCCGUG